AUGGAGAAGUUGAAAGUUCUCAAUCUUUCGCAUUGCAUAGGAUUAAAGAGCACCCCUAAUUUCUCCGCAUUUAAAAAUUUAGAGAUGCUAAUCUUGGUACUCUGUAUUUGUUUAGAGGAAAUUGACCCUUCCAUUAAAGAUGUCAAACGCCUCGUUUCCUUGAACUUGAGUGGAUGUGAGAGACUUAAGAAAUUACCUGAAGAACUGGACAAACUAGAAAAUUUGGAGGAACUUGUCGUAGACUACAUUGCGAUAAAAGAAAUCCCUCCAUGUAUAGGAUCUUUGAAGCAGCUGAAGAGGCUUAGCGCUGGUGGGUUUUCGCAAUUUGCUGAGGUUUAUGACAAGUUGCCACCAAUCCCUCCUUCAAUUGGGAAGUUGGGAGAGUUGGUUGUGUUGGAGUUGAUAGGUUCAUCAAUUAAGGAAUUGCCCGAAUCUAUUGGGGAAUUAAGCAAAUUGAAAUUUUUGAGACUUACUAAUAGCAAGAUAGAAAGGUUACCGAGCUCUAUUGGAAAAUUGCAAAGCCUCCAAGAGCUCAAGGCCGACGGAUGCUUUAACCUGGAAGGAGAAAUUCAUGUUGAUAAAGGUGGAUUGUCUUCUCUGAAGACCCUUAAUUUAAUUUUAACAAAAAUUUCUGGCUUGCCGGAAAACUUAGAUCAGCUUUCUUCUCUCGAGUGCCUCCAUUUAGAUAAAUGUCAGGACCUUCAGUCACUCCCAAAACCUCCUCUUAGCUUAUCAUACUUGGCGCUCACCUGUCGAAGCAAUGAGCUGCCAUCGCUCUCUCAUCUGAAGCAUCUACAGGAGCUCUACCUUGUUGAGUGCAAGUCUCUUCAAAGCAUCCCAGAGCUUCCCUCCUGCAUACAGAAGCUUGCCAUUUUUAGUUGUCCCAAAUUGGAAAGGUUGCCAAAGCUUUCCGAUUUAGAAUUUUUGUCGAAUUUACGGCUCCAGGAUUGCUAUGGGCUGAAGAAAUUGGAUGGACUGGAAGCUUUAAAAUCCCUAAGAUGGUUGUGCCUAUCCAGACGCUCAGAGUUCUCCUGCGGCGAUGACGUUUGUGUAGAGUAUGGAAAGGUAGAUAAUUUCCAUGCGAUACGAGGCCUUGAAAAUAUGGGAUCCCUGGAAGUUGUAAAUAUCUCUGGGCUGCAAACACAUUCAAGUACUGGACCUUUCAAAGUCGGAUCAUCUGAAGAGGUUGGAUGUUAG